AUGGGAGCAGCUAUAUCCUUACCGCUAAUGCCAGUGUCGUCCCUUGCGUCUUGCUUUGGCGCGGCAGCAUGUUCAGCAUUUUGUACAUCUAUAGGGGGCACCUUUAAAUCAUCGAUUAUGACAAGAAUAACAUAUGCGAUAUUAUUGUUGAUAAAUUCUUUGAUAUCAUGGAUCGCUCUAUCGCCCUUCAUCAUUCGGAAAAUAGAGAAAGCUACAUUCGGUUUCAUCAAUAUCAGCUGCGGCCCUGACGGUAGCCAGUGUAUAAGUUUCACUUCUGUGCAUAGGAUCAAUUUUGCCUUGGGGGUGUUGCAUUUAAUUUUGGCGGGGUUAUUGGUCAAUGUGAAGUCGACAGCAAACCCCAGAGCCAUAAUUCAGAAUGGAUGUUGGAAAAUGAAGAUUUUUGCAUGGAUUACAUUUAUCUUUGUUAACUUUGUUUUGGUUCCCGACAGCUUUUUUGUGUUUUACGGAAACCAUAUUGCAAUCAUUUUUUCAACCAUCUUUUUAGGGAUUGGAUUGAUACUUUUGGUUGACUUUGCUCACGCGUGGGCAGAAAAGUGCUUGGAAAAGAUUGAAAUGGAAGAGUUGACCGGAGAAGGCGAUGCUGGAUUCUGGAAGAAGUUGUUGGUUGGUGGUACGCUAACUAUGUACAUUGGCAGUAUCAUUUUGACCGUCGUCAUGUAUUGGUUUUUUGCAGGCAAAGGAUGUUCAAUGAAUAAGACGGCAAUUAGUUUGAACUUGGUGUUUGCAACUAUCAUAUCAGCCAUGUCCAUUCACAAUACAGUUCAAGAGUAUAAUCCACAUGCAGGUUUGGCCCAGUCUUCAAUGGUGGUGUUUUACUGCACAUACUUGGUCAUGAGUGCAGUUGCUUCCGAACCAGAUGACAAAUAUUGCAACCCGUUGGUGAGGUCAAAAGGAACGAGAACCGCAAGUGUGGUGUUGGGUGCCUUUUUCACAUUCAUAGCUGUUGCGUACACGACGACUAGAGCAGCAGCUAAUUCUGCAUUUAGUUCAGAAUCGGCAGAGGAGUUUGCUACUCCAGGAACAACCACUACAACGCAACCCAGCGCUAGGAGUGAGAUGAGAUACCAAGCUCUCAAGCAAGCUGUGGACGAGGGCUCUCUUCCUGAGAGUGCCUUGAAUCAAGUUGACUUGUACGAAGAAGAAGAGGUUCGUGACGAAGAACGGUCUACUGUGAAAUACAACUACACAUUAUUCCACAUAAUUUUCUUUUUGGCAACCCAGUAUGUGGCAACGCUUUUAACAAUCAAUGUCAAGCAAGACGACUAUGGUGAUUUUGUACCGGUUGGCAGAACCUAUUUCGCAAGCUGGGUCAAAAUUGUUAGUUCGUGGGUGUGUUUUAUCUUGUAUGGGUGGAGCUUGAUUGCCCCAGUUAUUUGGCCAGAUAGAUUUGGUGUACUGUUGUAG